CGGUAGCAUGUUAACAUGAACUCCAAAGAAGGGAACUCGACGCGCAUACUCCACGGGGUCAAAGUGUCAUGAUGGGAUACGAUUUUGGCAUCUGAAGACGUUGAAAUGUCUAUAUAAGGGUUGACAAUCCCCCCGAAUCAGACAGCUUUUCCUAUCAUCACCACACUACAACACACCAACUCAACAACCUUCACUACCAACCACUUUUCCAACACCGUCUUCACGACACCAAAACCCAACAAUCAAAAUGUCUGCUCCCACCCGAACUGGUCCCCUCGCCACCUCCGGCCGUGAGGAAUACGGUGCCCCCGCCCUUCCCCUACCCGGUCUUUCCGGCCAGGGCAACAACGUUGCUGGCAACCUUGUCAAGGGCCCCAUCGAUGAGAACGGAAAGCUCAAGGCUGCCGCUCUCCUCGUCGGUGUCAAGCUCGACCUCGAGGCCGAAGUCCACCUGUCUGCCCGCGUCCGCGGUGACAUCGUGGUCGGCCUCUACUAAGCGCUGCUAGCUAGCCACUAGCUCCAGCUCAUACAACAAUCAAUAAACAACGCCUUCAACACUAGAUUCAUCCGAUCUUGUCGAGUCCGACGACGACAUGUUGAGGAACGCCGUCUCCAACAGGCGACUUUGUUUCCACAUUCUCUGGGCUGUAGGCGCUUACACUCCACACUUGGAUUGGGGGGUUUCGGUAGGAAGGGAAACGGGAAUGGAAAGGGGUUAAGGGGGCUGGAUUGGUCUUGGUUUUAUUUUUCAGGGGUUUUCGGAUCGGAAUCGGUACACACUCAUCACAAAAAACAGAAGCGGGAAAAAUGCAGGGUCAAGGAGAGAAAAAAGGGGGCGCUUGCUUGUGCUUUCUCGGCCGUCAGUCAUAGCUCAUCGCUAUUCCCAGCUAUCUAAUUAAAAUAACCUUCUUCUCAA